AUGACAACCUCAAGCAAAGAACAUCAAUUCGAUACUGAAUACAUCAAUCCAAUGGUUGAUUCAUGUUUACCUCAACAAGAAAAUCCUUUGGUCUUAAUGGCUCAGGCGUGUAACAAUAUUGGAAAAGAUUUAUCAAUACCAAUCAAACAGAUUUCUCCUCCAUUGAAAUAUUCAUCAUCAAAACAACGAAAAUCACAUUUGACACCUGACAGGAAAAAGUCUGUGAAACGAACUGCAUCGCCCUCUCCUUCAUCUCCGCCAACGAAAAAAUCUUCAACAAUCUUCGAUUCUUUAGUUUUACAUCAUCUAAAUCAAAUGUAUUCUUCAUCGUUUCAAUCUUCGUAUUUAAUCGAUUCCAUCUUAUCAUCACCGUUCGUUUGCAAUUCAACGAUUCCUAAUGGAUUUCAGGAACAAUGUUUAAUUAACCCGAACCAUUUAUUUUCAUAUUCGUCUCUUCCAUUGUAUAAUUCUGCUUUGCAAAAACUCUAA